GUUUUUAGGCUCCUUUAUUUACGUGAUAAACAAUCAACCAUCCCCUCUCUUCUAUCUUCCGCCUCUCUCUCUCUCUCUCUCUCUCUCUCUCUCUCUCUCACCCCUCCUCUCUCUCUCUUUCUCCGAGCGAGCUCUCAGCUCCCGACUCUAUUUAUAGCGCAGUCCCGCCCCUCCCCUGUCGCUCGGCAGCUAUUUCCAGCAGCCUGAAGCAGCUCCAGUCUGUUUGUAAACUCCACGUCUCUAUACCUCUGCUCUCUCGUUCGCCGCGCAUCGCGGGUGAGGGUGCAGAGAUUCGGCUUUGAACAAUUACAUAAAAGCAAAACAGUCGCACUAAAUGGAGUGGUCGGAUGGUUCACUUUAAGCCCAUUCAUCAGGAGAGCGACUUGUACGGAGAGGCGAGGGGAAAGAAGGAACAGAAGGACCGGCAGGCGUUCUGUCGCUUUCAUCUCGUCCCGUCGCAUUUCAUCAUGGGGAAGUCGCUCUUUCAGAGUCCGCCGAUACCACAUGAGUGACUUCAGGAUCCAGGCACGCUCAGACCAGGGUCUUGGAUACAAGCCACACUUGGACUUGUCGUUUUGAAUUAGCAGUUUGUUUCAGACAAUUAGACAAGAAGGUGAUGUGGUGUAUGAAUAGACUCGUUUGUGCGGCCGUAAAGCUGAUAGUUUGAGUGGACGAUUUAAGGAUUUGUCUGCAGCGUUUCUUCUCACGGAUACCUGUUCUGAUUGAAUUUGUUUAUUUUUAUUCUUUGUUUUAGGACCAUGGAAUUAACAGGCAAAGCGGUUGUCGAUUUUUUGCAUGCAUGUACCUUUCGAUAAAGGAAGUGCUGCUUUUUUCCCCUCUUGCUUCAAAUGUGUUAAAAAAAAUUUUUAGAUGGAGAGUGGGUUGACAUCUCCUUUUUCAUGUUAAUUUGUUUUUGCAUGAAUUGAGUGGCGAUAUUUUGAGACUGGCAUGCUUUUGAAACCAACUGUACCGGGACUGUGCGUGAUGUUACAGACGAUCUAUGAAACAGAAUCCUGCUUCUCUUCAGACAGCACGUCCAGCAGAGAGCGACCCGUGGAGCUGCUUUCUCAGUCCAGAAGCACCAGCAUGCCCAGCACCGCAGUGGAUGUGAAGACCUUGCUCCCCUCUGGGAUGCAGAGUCCGGUGGGAGGUGGAGGAGAUCAGGGCGGAGGCAGCGGAGGGCCAGUGGACCUGCGUACGGACCCGCGUCUGAGUGCGCUAAGCACGGUGGACCCGGGGCUGAGGGAAAAACAGCUGCAGCACGAGCUGCUCUUGCUCAAACAACAACAAGAGCUGCAGAAACAGCUGCUGUUCGCCGAGUUCCAGAAGCAGCACGAGGUUUUGACGCGCCAACAUGAAGUGCAGCUACAGGAACAUCUGAAGCAACAGCAGGAGAUCCUUGCCGCAAAGCGUCAGCAGGAGCUGGAGCAGAAGAGGAAGUUGGAACAGCAGCGUCACGAAGAGAUGGAGAAGCAGAGACUGGAGCAACAGCUCAUCAUGCUGCGGAACAAAGAGAAAGGCAAAGAGAGUGCUAUCGCCAGUACUGAGGUCAAACUGAAGCUGCAGGAGUUCCUGUUGAGCAAAAAGGAACCCGGCCCCGGUGGACUCAAUCAUUCCUUCCCCCAGAAGUGCUGGGGGGCUCACCACACAUCCCUGGAGCAGAGCUCCCCUCCACAGAGCAACACGCCGGGCACGCCGCCCUCCUACAAACUCCCCUCACUGUUAGGGUCCUAUGAAGGCAAGGAUGACUUCCCUCUCCGUAAGACUGCCUCUGAGCCCAAUCUGAAGGUACGUUCACGGUUAAAACAGAAGGUGGCUGAGAGGAGGAGCAGCCCACUUCUUAGACGGAAAGAUGGUACUGUGAUCAGCACCUUCAAGAAAAGGGCGAUUGAGAUCUCAGUGUCCUCUAUGUGCAGCAGUGCUCCUGGCUCGGGUCCCAGUUCUCCGAACAGCUCUAACUGUGCCAUUGCCGAGAAUGGCUCCAGCGGAUCCGUCCCAAACAUCCACGCUGAGCAGCAGUUGCGUUCUCUGCAUCAGUCUUUGACUGGAGAUGGGACACCGAGUCCUCUUAGCCUCUACACCUCUCCAUCUCUGCCCAACAUCUCUCUUGGACUGCCUGCCAACGCGCACAUCACGGCUCCUCAGAAACUCAGUGCCCAGCAGGAGGCAGAGCGGCAGACAAUCCAGAGUUUGCGUCAAGGUGGGGCACUGACAGGGAAGUUCAUCAGCACAUCGUCCCUGCCGACGUGCCUUCCCACCGGGGCACCCCAUGACCCCGAGCCCCCUUCCGCUUCUAAUAGCCACAGUAGCCAUUCCUCGCUGCUCCAGCACGUCCUACUGCUAGAGCAGGCUCGUCAACAGAGCGCACUUCUUACAGUUCCCAUGUAUGGGCAAUCUCCGCUGGUAACGGGUGAGCGGGUGUCCAACAACAUGCGCACAGUGAAUAAGUUGCCUAGGCACCGGCCGCUGAGCCGUACCCAAUCAGCGCCCCUGCCUCAAACACCACAGGCCCUGCAGCACCUCGUAAUGCAACAGCAGCACCAGCACUUCCUCGAGAAACAGAAACACUACCAGCUAAAUAAGAUCCUCUCCAAAGGGGUGGAGCUUCCAAGGCAGCCUCCCACGCACCCCGAGGAGACGGAGGAGGAGCUUACAGAAACCGCAGAGAUGCAGGACGAGCAAGGGGAGGGCCUUGAUCCCGUAAGGGAGGGGUUACAGAAAGAGAGCUCCGGCGAGACCACACCCCCUUCAGAACGUCUGGUUCCAUUGAAGGGAGAAAGCACAGAAAGUGACUUGGAGGAAGAUGAUGAUGAAGAUGAAGCCAUUGAACUGAGGGAAUGUGAUGAAGAUGGCGCCCCCUAUGGCCAGUAUUUGGACCAGCAGCAUGUGCAGCAACUGAAUGUGUUCCAGGCCUCUCUGUCCAUCACGGGAAUGCCCCACAGACCCCUGGGAAGGGCACAGUCGUCCCCCGUCACUUCUAGUCUUAAAGGAGCGCCCCUGAACGAGGUGCCCAUUAAGCAUCUCUUCACGACAGGGCUGGUGUACGACACCUUCAUGCUGAAGCACCAGUGCAUAUGUGGGAACACAAACAUCCAUCCCGAACACGCCGGUCGCAUUCAGAGUGUCUGGUCCAGGCUACAGGAAACAGGACUGCUUGGUCGCUGUGAGAGGAUCAGGGGAAGGAAGGCCACACUAGAUGAAAUCCAAACUGUGCAUUCUGAGUACCACACGCUGCUCUACGGCACCAGUCCUCUGAACCGACAGAAGCUGGACAGCAAGAAACUUUUAGGCCCAAUAAGUCAGAAAAUGUACGCUGUCCUACCAUGUGGAGGCAUUGGGGUGGACAGUGACACAGUGUGGAACGAGAUGCACUCGUCAGGAGCUGUCCGGAUGGCGGUGGGCUGCGUCAUUGAGGUGGCAUUCAAAGUUGCCGCUGGAGAACUGAAGAACGGGUUUGCAGUGGUCCGUCCUCCUGGUCAUCACGCCGAGGAAUCAACCGCCAUGGGUUUCUGUUUCUUCAACUCGGUGGCCAUCACUGCCAAACUCCUGCAGCAGAAACUCGGGGUGGGCAAGAUCCUGAUCAUAGACUGGGAUAUUCACCAUGGAAACGGGACCCAGCAGGCCUUCUAUAAUGACCCCAAUGUGUUGUACAUUUCCCUGCACCGUUAUGACGAUGGUAACUUUUUCCCAGGCAGCGGAGCUCCUGAGGAGGUGGGUGCAGGUCCAGGAGAGGGCUUUAAUGUCAACAUUGCCUGGACAGGUGGAGUGGAGCCACCUAUGGGUGAUGUGGAGUAUCUAACUGCCUUCAGAACGGUGGUGAUGCCCAUAGCCAACGAGUUCUCCCCGGAUGUAGUGCUAGUGUCAGCUGGUUUUGACGCUGUGGAGGGCCAUCAGUCCCCACUGGGUGGAUAUAAUGUCACCGCCAAAUGUUUCGGCCAUCUCACCAAGCAGUUGAUGAAGCUGGCUGGCGGCCGUGUGGUUUUGGCACUGGAAGGAGGUCACGACCUCACCGCCAUCUGUGAUGCAUCCGAGUCCUGCGUGGCUGCAUUGCUUGGAGACGAGUUGGACCUACCACUGACAGUGCUUCAACAGAAACCAUGUCCAAAAGCCACAUCCUCUUUAGAGAGGGUCAUUGAGAUUCAGAGUAAACACUGGAUGUCUCUGCAGAGGUUGGCUCCUACAGUGGGUCAGUCUCUACUGGACGCUCAGAGACGGGAGAAGGACGAGGCAGACACUUUGACCGCCAUGGCCUCUCUCACUGUGGACAACGAUCAGCAAAAGACCUCCACAGAAACCAGCAGAUCAGCAGAGGAGCCGAUGGAGGAGGAGCCCGUGUUGUAGAAGAGCAAGUACAGUGCAUCACUGCUCCAACCUUCUUGUCCACGCGUGCUUGGCACUGGUCACCCUGACGUCACGCCUCAUGUUCCUCCUCCCAGCUCUUUGAUUGGUUCCCUCGGUCCUUCACUCAUUUCCAGGUGCUUAACUGACACAUUCACAGCCCACCCACUUUCGCUUUUCUGAGGUUGAAGCAUAGCAAACUGUUGCUGAAAGGGGACAACAAGGCAUGAUGAGUAAUUACAGGACCACUCCAGUGAGGGCUGUGCAGCUGGACCGGCCGAACAAUGGAGUGCUCUUCAGAGAGAGGCCUUUGAUUUCAUUUUCUCACUGUAUUGGACUGAGGACGUAAAGAAGAAAAUGCAAAAAAAAAUCAAAAGAAGAGGAGGAAGGGAAAAACAACAUGACAGCACAGGGAUGCUGUCGCUCGGAGGGCAGCGAAAAGCUUUGUUUUCUGUACAAAGUAUAUGUACAAAGUUCUAAAAAAAGCCAACAAGCAGCAAAAAUACUUCAGCACAAAACACACAUAUACACUCAUUCACAAGCAACACUGUUCCCAAAAGAGGAACCUGCUGUGUCGAAACACCUUUUGCAGACAAGUAUACUCGUUUACACUGUACCGUGUCGAUUACUUGGUAUAUUUGUUCAUCUGUAUAAUAGCCUGUUAUGAAAAGCACACAAACAUACGAGAACUAUAAGUAUAUAAUAUAUAUGAAUAUACAUACAUAUAUAUAUAUAUAAGCAUAUAUAUGUAGGUUUGUGUGUACCGUAUACACAUUUGAAUAUACAAAAAAAUAUAUAAGUACUUUAUAUCCCCUAUGGAACAUUUUCUUAUCAGCUGUGGUUGUACAUACAGUAAAAGAGCCUGCGGACUUUUAUCCAGAAGUUGAAGAACGGUGGUUAACCUUUUCUCCCAGAAGCAUUUCUUUUCUCUCAGAGAAAACAGUACUUUUUUGGUAUAUAUGGCUUUGCUAUUACAUACUCGCACAGAAACGUAAAUAACGACAAAAAAUUACGACAAAGGUGUAAAAUACGAAGAGAGGAUUUUCAAAGCGUCCAUCUCGACCUUCGAUGGAGAACAAGGCAUUGUGGUAAUGUCUCAAGAAAGACUUUUUUUCCAAGAACUUGGUGCCUUUUAUACUAAGGAAAACAUUUGACAACACCAAUACUUAAAGAAUCGAGAAUCCUCAGACUUAACUUUCAUUGAUUUGUUUGUUUUUCAAAUUGCCUUAAUUUUUUCAAAGAAAACGAAUUUUAGCCAUGAACGACGGAGAGCACAAAACGAUCAUCAUCCUCCUCCUGCCCCACUUUCUUUCCAUUUCUUUCUUUUGUUUUGUUUUUUGGGGGAUGUAAACGUUGUGUUCUCGGUAAAAGGUUUUGAUACUUUUUUUUUAUUAUUAUUUAUUUUACUGUUAACAAAAGAACGAACGGAAGAAAUUCAGCGAUUGUUUUAUUUAUCAGUCCUGUGCCAUAGACGAGCACAUGACGUGAUUGUUUGGAAACACUGACGAUGUUGUGACCAACUUGUUUAGCCUCACCUUCCUUUGUACAAUUAUUUGUUUGGCUCCCUUAUGCUCUUUUAUUUGAAACUUGUUUUAUUUGACUUUAUUUCCAUUGGCGAGAGAGUUUUUUUUAUUACGACAUUUCCUUUUUUGUACAAAAAUGUAAAAGAAAACAAAAAAAGUCUGUAUCAGUGUUAAUUUCGUCAUUUGAUUUGAAGUAUUCUCUGAUAAGGAAUGUACAGCGUGGUACAGAUAUUAUCAAUGAUGUUGAUUUAUGUCACUGUGCAGUGCAUUUGGCAUUGUCCUUUUUCAGGAUUUAACAAUAUUUUUUUUCCUGCAAUAAGAGUGACUACCACUUUUUUUUUUUUAUUUAACACUAAAUACUCUGCAAACUUUUGGUUACAUUUUCGUCAUCUUUUGAUAUAGCUUUUAUGCUAUGGAUACGGUAAUUUUUCACCAGACUAAUUAGUAUUGUUCAUAACUUUUGACAGUCGUCUAAUAGCUGUAUGCUGGUAAAUCACUUGUGCACUUGUGGAUGAAAUGCAAUGGCUUGUUUAUGACCCUGAAAUAACAAUCCUUUAUUACAUUUUCACUGUGUGACAACAGCUUUUUGGGGGCCAAAUUCAAUUUAAUCCUCUGCGUCUUUAUUCACCGUCAUCCUCUUCCUUUAUCAGCGUCACAGAAGCAGUCUGAGAAGUUACUUUUUUUAACGAGACUGAACCGGGCCUCGAGCAUCUUGCACUAAUAACUACACUGUAGGUCCGAACCUAAUAGCGGGGUUUUUUUUUUUACUUUCGACACUCAGACACAAAUUAAGAGGCAUUAAAAGCAGAGUGAAUAAUCUCAUGUGAACUGCCGUCACCGUUUUUCGUUUUGUACGUUCGUUGAUUCGCCGAUGAACUGUUGAUGUUGAAACGUCAGAAAUUUCGCCUGCGCAUUUCUCGACUCUGCUCACUUUUGAUUUAUUUAUUUGGAGUCAGAAAUGAAUAGCUGCAUUGCUUAUGGAUCGAUGUUUGUCUCAUUGUAAAUCGAUGAAAAAUUACGUCUUCGACGGCCUCAUAGCCUUUGGGCAAUAACUUACUUUUUUUAAAGAUAUAUUACAAUAGCUAAAAGUGAACGGCCAGUUUUUUUUCACAACAACAACAGUCAUCUGUUUGUUACGUCACCAUCUGAUAAAGUAUUUAUACGUGCUGUUUUUUCAACACUAACGUCACCUUCAGUCUCUAACCGUCUGUUGCCAGUCGUUAUUAUCAUCAAGCGCAUUGACUUUCUUUUCGCGCGAACUGCGGUUGAAAAUAAACAGGAAACACUUUGUGAAAAAUCAGGCUGACACUAGCCUCUGUACUUAGAUACUGUAAUAUACACUAAGAGAAUUUCCCUCUUCUAUGUGGCUAUGGGAUGUGCUGUCCGAAUCAGGAACUACUGUGAUCAGGUUUCGUAACGUUUGGAUGUAGAUCACCAACCAUUUGUGCAGAGUUUUGUAUUUUCACCUUAUAUGGCGUCAAACAGUUUAUUGACCGUGCAGUUGGUGGUGAACGCUUUUACUCCUUUUCUUUUCCGUUCCUUUUAUACUUUUCUGGAUGAAUCCUGAGAAGUCCCUUUCUGAGACCUAAACCUUCUCUUCGGGUGCGAUGGGUAGAGCAAUACAUAGAGAGGGGAAAUGAUCGCUCAGAUGUAAUACAGUACGGCGCUUGGCUUUCUUAAACGAGGCGCUGAGGGAGACGGUUCAUUUUCGAUGGACGUUUUCCAAAGCGUUCUCUUUCGCAGCGACAAAGAAAACAAUGUCAACAGCGUGAGCAGGGCCUUACGAUGGACACCGGGAAACAUCUGUAUGUGUAAAAGACAUGGACAUUCGCCGUGGAAGAUAGCUUUACUGUCUCUGCCACAUAUUUUGCUAUUGGGUAAAUAUGUAUAUUUAUUGAUAAUUCACAUGUUGUGUAUAUGUAGUGACCUAUGAUCGUCGAGGUUCAAAGAGUGCUUGUAUAUUUUUGGACUUUUUUUGAAAGAGAGGUUGUGUCUCCUCCACUGUCUCUUCAUUUCUUUGCUGUUCUGCAUCACUUGUUGUGAUUGGGUGUUUCAAUUUGUGAGAUCUUUUGACCUUGGAUUUUUAAGAUCUUUUCUCUCUCUCGCUCUCGACUCUUUCCUCUCUUUCUUGUCUAUCUUCUGGUCAUAUUGAUAUGCAGAAGUUGUCUGAAAUUAUCAAAGCACAUUCCCUGAUUUAUUGUGUUCUUUCAAUGCUUUCAUGUUGCGACAAUACAAAGGUGUGUAUACUAACUGCUACACACGUGUAUAUAGGGUGCAUAUAUGUGUACACAUGUGCAAUACACACUAUUUGAGCAAUCUAUUACUGUGACUAUUAAUCAUUAAAAAUUGCUGUCCCUUUGAA